AUGGGCGACUGGACGGUAGAGCAGCCGCAGCGCUGGGGAAUUCAACACCCUUGGCCUCCAGGUCCAGAGAAGAGCAACAAGAAAGACGCAAGGCUGAGGGGUCCCGGCCCCGUGUGUCUCCCCGUCGGCCCAGGGACAGGGCCGGGCGAUGGCUGGGAUGGAGCCGGUUCAGGGUUCCCCGCCCCCAAACCCGAGCUGAUCAUCCAGCUGGAGCGAGGGGAGGAGCCGUGGGUGCCGGAUCUCCAGGCCGACGCGGGAAGGGAGGCCCUGAGAGACGCCUGCCCAGCAGGCAGUGGGGCAGGGAAUUGGAUCAAGGAGGAGAAUGAGCAGCCGGAAGGUCCUUGGAAAGUGGAACCGCAGGAGAUAUUUUUGGGAGGAGCCGGAGGGAGUUUUCCUCUGUCCUUGGAAGAGGGAAAUGCCUGGGGAGAGCGACACGGGGCAGAGAGGCAGGCGGGAAACUCUCCGGAGAAGAAACCGGAUGUAUCCACUCAACAAGGACGCCAGACGUCCCCCGUCCCACAGACGAGUCCCGGCGAAGAGAAAUAUCACCCAGGGGAGAGGCCGUAUCAAUGCCUGGAGUGCGGGAACCGUUUUCACGCGCGCUCAGCACUUCUUGCACACCAGGAAACGCACGGAGACGAGAGACCCUAUAAGUGCCCGGAGUGCGGGAAGGGUUUUGGGAAGAGCUCCACCCUUUUUACGCACCAGCUCAUUCACACCGGAGAGAGGCCGUACCAGUGCCAGGAGUGCGGGAAAGGUUUUAUCCAGAGAGCCAAGCUGAUCGUGCACCAGCGGACCCACACCGGGGAGAGGCCCUAUCAAUGCGAGCAGUGCGAGAAAAGAUUUAGCAAUAGUUCCGCCCUUUUCACGCACCAGCAAACCCACACGACCGAGGGGUGUUUUAAAUGCCUUGAGUGCGGGAAGAGCUUCACACACCGAGUCCGGCUGAUCGCCCACCAGCGAAGCCACACGGGGGAGGUACCCUACAAGUGCCAAGAGUGCGGGAAAAGUUUCAGCAAGAGCUCCGCCUUUUUUACGCACCAGCGAACCCACACGGGGGAGAGACCUUACGAAUGCCCGGAGUGCGGGAAAAGCUUUCGACAGACGGCGGCACUCAACGUACACCAGCGAACCCACACGGGAGAGAGGCCCUAUAAAUGCCAGGAGUGCGGGAAAGGUUUUAGUCAAAGGUCGGUGCUUUUUCAGCAUCAGCGCACCCACACGGGGGAGAGGCCGUAUCAAUGCCUGGAGUGUGGGAAGAGCUUCAUCGCGAGAUCAGUCCUGACCAACCACCAGAAAAUCCACACCGGGGAGAAACCACAUGAGUGCGUGGAUUGCGGGAAAGCGUUCCGGGUGAAGUCCAAACUCAGCGCGCACGAGAGGAUCCACACCGGGGAGAGGCCGUACGCAUGCACGGGCUGCGGGAAAGGUUUCCGGGUGAAAUCCAAACUUCGUGAGCACGAGAGAAUCCACACGGGGGAGAAGCCGCACGCAUGCGCGGGGUGCGGGAAAGCGUUCCGGGUGAAAUCCAAACUUCGCGCGCACGAGAAAACGCACGAGAGAAAACCCAUCAAUGUCUGGGCUGCGGAAAAGCUUUCCAUCCGCGCUCAGACCUUGUUAAACGUGGGGGAGCCCGCAAGCGAGCGAUCCUAUCAAUGCCGGGAGUGCGGGAAAAGCUUCAAGAAGAGCUCGUCCCUUGCCAAUCACGGGAGAAUCCACACGCGCGCGAGACCCUAGGAGCAGCCGGGCUGCAGGAG